ACCUUCUCAGCUGAACACAGCUUCUCUCCCUGAGCGUCCACUACUGAGCUUUGACUCGUCUGUAUUAUAAUACUUGUGCUUUAAAAACAUAAAUCCUCAUCACAACAUUACUUCACAUGACUGAAGCCGUUGGAAUCUGCGCGGCUUCGGUUACCCCUCCCCCCGCGCGUCAGAACAUUGUGUGAUUGUUUCCGGCCCCGCCCCCUCUCCGUUUAUCCCCACGUCCAAACGUUUAUUCCCGUGAACCCGUUUCAGCACCCGGGACAGGCGUCGCGUGCUCGCAUGGCAACAUGGCCACAGAGUUCCACAACCUUCAGGAACUGAGACACAGCGCAUCUCUGGCCAACAAGGUCUUCAUUCAGAGAGACUACACCGAUGGCACGGUCUGCAAGUUCCAGACCAAGUUCCCCUCCGAGUUAGACAGCAGGAUCGAGCGGACGCUGUUUGAGGACACGGUGAAGACGCUGAAUACUUACUAUGCAGAGGCGGAGAAGAUCGGAGGCCAGUCUUACAUAGAAGGAUGUCUGGCCUGCCUUACAGUUUACCUCAUCUUCCUGUGCAUCGAGACGCGUUACGAGAAGGUGCUGAAGAAGAUCUCGCGCUACAUUCAGGAGCAGAAUGAGAAAGUUUACGCUCCUCGAGGUCUCCUCAUCACAGACCCGAUAGAGAGAGGCAUGAGGGUCAUUGAGAUCAGUGUGUACGAGGAUCGCGGAUCCAGUGGUUCCAGCUCAGGAAGCAGUACAACCAGCAGCAGCGGACGAUGAUUUAUACACCAUAACAUACACACACACUCACUCAUUCACUCACGUGUGACGCCUUCAUACUGACAUUUGCUGAACACACACAGACACACACACGCUGAGCAUUCAGCAUCGCCAAACAGCCACACACCUGACAUGACCUGCCUCCACAAGACACAUGUGCUGACUCGUCAUUACCUCAGUCACCCUUCAGCACCUUCACAAACCUGCAGUCGUUGCACAUUCUCGAGUCGCUAGCUGUGGAAGCGUGUUUCUGCUACUGAGUAAUGCAAAUUAAAAACGGUAAAUUAGGAGGAAUGGCAGGAUCUAAACUCAGAAUUCCAAGCAAAAGUCAGAAUUCUCAGAUAUAAACUCACAAGUUUAAGAAAAAGUCCAAAUUUGAAAAUUUAAACUCAGAAUUUCAAGAACACUCAGUCAGAUUUCUGAGAUGUAAACUCUGAAUUCCAAGGAAAAAGUCAUAAUUACAAUAAAACUCAGUCAGAUUUCUGGGAUGUAAACAGUGAUUGUUCUAGAAAAAGGUCAACAUUUUAAUAAGUAAACUCAGAAUUUGAAGAAAAAUCUGUCAGAAUUCUGAGAUUUAACAUCAGAAUUUCAAGAAAAAGUCAGAAUUCUGACAUUUAAACAAAGAAAUCCAAGAAAAAGGUCUGAAAUCCAAGAAAAAGGUCUUAAAUCCAAGACAUUAACUCUACAAACUCUGAUUUGUAAAUAAAUGGGUUGGGUUCAACCUAAACUAAAAUAACUUAUGAAGUCAGAAUUUACCCCCAAAUUUAAAAUUAUGAGACAAAAACUGUGAGAUGUAAAUUUGCACUUUCCAACACAAAAAGUCAGAUUUCCAAGAUGUAAACUCAAAAAUCCCAGAAAAAUCUGUCAGAUUUCCAGGAUGUAGACUCAAAUUCCUAGAACAAAAAUAUCAGAAUUCCAAGAAAGUCUGAUUUCAGAGAUUUAAACUGAGAAAUCCAGGAAAAGGCAAAAAAAGUGAAAGAAAAAAAAGUCCAGAGGGAAAAAAGUCCAGUGUGUGUAGACUUAGAAUUCUUUUAGAAGUUAGAAUGGCAAAAUUUUAUUUGAUACAAACUGAUUUGUAAAUGAAUGUGUUUUUUUCAACCUGAAUGACGGUAAAAUAUGCUGGCAAUUAAAGUCGGAAUGUCUCUGAAAAUUUGGAAUUCUUACAAAAAGAAUGUAAACUAACACAUUUCCAACAAAAAUUUCCGAGAUGUGAAUCUAGAAUUCCAAGAAAAAGUCAGAAUUUCAAGAAAGUCUGAUUUUGAUAUUUAUACUAAAAAUGGAAGAAAAAAAAAAAUCAAAACUCCAACAUGUAAACUUAAAAUUCCAGGAAAAAUAAAUUCUGAGAUGUAAACUCAGAAUUCCAAGAAAAUGUCUGGAUUCUGAGAUUUAAAUUAAGAAUUCACAGAAAAAAAGUCAGAAGAAUUUAUAGUCAGAGUCCUGAGGAAAAAGUCCUGUGUGUGUAAACUUUCUGUGUUAGACUUCUUUUAAACGUUAGAAUAGUGGAAUAUACAUUCACAAUUCAAGGGUUACUUCAAUGCAAAUUUGGGUAAAAUAUGAACAAAGCCAACCGCUGCAAAGUAAAGUCAGAAUUUCCCCUCAAAAUUGGAAUUAAAAGACGCAAACUCAGAAUUUCUACAAAAUGUCAGAACUGUCAGAUGUAAAACUUGCACAUUUCCAAUGAAAAAAGUCUGAGAUGUAAAUUUAGAAUUCCAAGAAAAAUCUGUCAGAUUUCCAAAAUUUAAACUCUAAUUCCAAGGAAAAAGUGAGAAUUCCUAGAUGUGGUCAAAAUUCCAGUAAACAAGGCAGAAUACUAAGAUGUAAACUCAGAAUUGCAAGAAAGAAAAUCUAAAUUCCAAUAUGUAAAUGCAGAAUUCCCUCGAAAAAGUCUGAUUUCUGAGAUAUAAACUUAAAUUCCAGGAAAAUAAUUCCUGAAUCUGAGAUGUAAAGUUAAAGACCUGAGGAAAAAGUCCCGUCUGUGAGAUCUAAACUUGAAAUUCCAAGAAUAAACUUUAAGUUCUAAAAAAAGAAAGAAAUCUGAAUAUCUAAAAGAUCGUAUUUCUGAGAUUUAAACAAAGAAAUCCAAGAAAAAGAUCAGAAGUUCAGGAUAUAAACUAAGAAUUUUAAGAUGUAAACUGAAAAAAAUCCAGAAAAAAAGACCCAUUUACAAGAUGUAAAGUCAGAUUUUUGAAGUAAAAAAAAGUCAAGGCUGUGAAAAAAAAGAAGUCCAAGAUUUACUCCUAAAGUCUAAGAAAGGUAUCACGCAUUUCUGUUCCUCACAGCAGAAACAAUCUUCCUUUCUAUCUGUAGCAUACUGGUUAAAGCGCACAUACGCUUCUGUCACUGUAAUAUGCAAUCUCGCUCACAAACGCUGUGUGAUGUAGCUGCCGAUCGGCACACAACAGUCUUCCAUCCUCAUCGUUUUUUACCCCUUUUGUGUUUGAGUAUUUGGAGUUGAGCACUUUUACUCUUAACUAUCGAAAAAAGAGUCCAAUUUGUAGACUAGAAUCUGUAGAUGUUCAUGAUGAGGACAGAUGCGGAGAUCUGACCCCAGACACUGCCAUAUUAAAUCACGGGUACUAUUUGUGACUUUAUUUACGAUUUAUGUUUUAUUUCAUAGUGUGCUAAACAUUCAUGCUUUGUACUCAUAAUGCGCCGUCAAAGCGGAAACGAGUGCUGAUGACGUGAACUGCCAAGGGCCAGAGCUUCCUCACACGAUCCUUCGUCAUGAGCUUCCAUUUUCUUACUGAGAACCUUUGGCCCCAAGAAUUUAUGCAAAGAGAAAAAGAAGUUGAAAGUGCUUUUUCUGUUUGUGUAGCAAAAUAAAUGAGAAAAAUGAUUGUCAAA